ACGCAAGCGGCGUCACCGUCUCCAAGGAGUGGUUCGGGGCACCGGUUUCAAAGUCGCAGGGCGGGCCGAGUGGACUUCCGCUGCUGGCCUGGGGCUUCCCAGCCGUGUUGGCGUCGUCUUCACCAACCCACGCCGCUCCGCGUAGAACGCCGCUCUCAGGCUGCCCUCCAGCUCCCGCGGCACUCUCCUAGGUGGCCCGACGAGACCCAGAGUGACCCGCGGGACGCCUGUAUCGAGCAAGUCCUCUUCCCACCAGGGUGGGAUUCGGUUGAACGUGGAACAGAAUUCACCUGGCGCGCCCCCAGCAAUCUUCAGUCUCUCUCCAGGGCCUGGAACUCGUCUGGGGCGCGGGGGAAGGAAGCGUGGCGGGGCUGUAGAUGCCGCGUGAGUAGGAUGCAGAUUGCACCGCUGGAGCGCUUGACAACCAACCGAGUGUUGGCUUAGUUUUGUUUUCCCGCACAGCAAGCUCUGUGUCUUUCAGAGGAAGGUAAAGGUGAUGAAAACUCCAAACUAAAAUUGUAUCGAAAUGGCUACAGAAAUCGACUUUCUGAGAGAGCAAAAUCAAAGACUAAAUGAAGAUUUUAGGCGGUAUCAAAUGGAAAAUUUUUCUAAAUAUUCAUCUGUACAGAAAGCUGUCUGCCAAGGAGAAGGAGAUGACACAUUUGAAAACCUCGUGUUUGACCAAAGCUUUUUAGCUCCUCUUAUAACUGAGUAUGAUAAACAUCUAGGAGAACUAAAUGGGCAGCUGAAAUAUUAUCAGAAACAGGUGGGUGAGAUGAAACUACAGCUUGAAAAUGUCAUCAAGGAAAAUGAAAGGUUGCACAGUGAAUUAAAAGUUGCUGUCGAAAAACAAUUGGAGGCCUUUCCCCUUGGCACAAAGAUAGGAACUGAUACAUAUGCAGAUGAUGAAAUAGUCAGAAACCUUCAAGAACAAUUGCAGCUAGCCAAUGAAGAAAAAGCUCAGGCUGUGGAACUCUGGCAGACUGUUUCUCAGGAGUUGGACAGACUACACAAGCUUUACCAGGAACAUAUGACCGAGGCCCAAAUUCAUGUAUUUGAAAGUCAAAAACAGAAGGAUCAGCUUUUUGAUUUUCAACAACUGACCCAGCAACUUCAUGUUACUAAUGAGAACAUGGAAGUGACUAACCAACAGUUUCUGAAAACAGUAACUGAACAAAGUGUGAUGAUCGAACAACUCCGAAAAAAACUUAGGCAAGCCAAAUUAGAGCUGAGAGUUGCUGUAGCAAAAGUGGAAGAGUUAACUAACGCAACUGAAGAUCUGCAGGGACAGAUGAAAAAGAAGGAGAAGGAUGUGGUGUCUGCCCAUGGAAGAGAGGAAGCAUCAGAUAGGCGCUUACAGCAGUUACAGUCCAGUAUAAAACAAUUAGAAAUAAGAUUAUGUGUGACAAUCCAAGAAGCCAACCAAUUAAGAACAGAAAAUACACAUCUGGAAAAACAGACCAGAGAGCUACAAGCAAAGUGCAAUGAAUUAGAAAAAGAGCGAUAUGAGGCUAUUGUAAGAGCCAGAAAUAGCAUGCAACUCUUAGAAGAAGCUCACCUUCAAAAAAGUCAGGCUCUACUUGAGGAGAAGCAAAAAGAAGAAGACAUAGAGAAAAUGAAAGAGACAGUUUCUCGGUUUGUACAAGAUGCUACCAUAAGAACCAAGAAGGAAGUUGCAAACACAAAAAAACAAUGCAAUAUACAAAUUUCUCGAUUAACAGAAGAACUUUCAGCCCUUCAAAUGGAGUGUGCUGAAAAACAAGGCCAAAUUGAACGAGUCAUUAAGGAAAAAAAAGCAGUGGAAGAAGAACUAGAAAAGAUUUACCGUGAAGGCAGAGGAAAUGAAAGUGAUUACAGAAAACUGGAAGAAAUGCACCAAAGAUUCCUGGUUUCAGAGCGUUCAAAAGAUGAUCUUCAGAUGAGACUGACGAGAGCAGAAAAUAGAAUAAAACAACUUGAAAUUGACUCCUCAGAAGAAAUAUCACGUUACCAAGAAAUGAUUCAGAAAAUUCAAAAUGUGUUGGAGUCUGAGAGAGAGAACUGUGGGCUUGUCAGUGAACAAAGGCUAAAACUUCAGCAAGAAAAUAAACAGUUACGGAAGGAGACUGAGAGUUUAAGGAAGAUUGCCCUGGAGGCUCAAAAAAAAGCCAAAUUAAAGAUCAGUACAAUGGAACAUGAAUUUUCAGUAAAGGAACGUGGGUUUGAAGUUCAAUUGAGAGAGAUGGAAGACAGUAAUAGAAAUUCCAUUGUUGAACUGAGGCAUCUCCUAGAGACUCAACAGAAGGCAGCCAAUAGGUGGAAAGAAGAAACGAAGAAACUUACUGAAAGUGCUGAAAUUAGAAUCAAUAAUCUAAAGAGUGAGCUGAGUCGACAGAAACUUCAUACCCAAGAGCUGCUUUCUCAGCUGGAAAUGGCAAAUGAAAAGGUAGUUGAGAAUGAAAAGCUAAUUCUAGAGCAUCGAGAAAAAGCCAACAGACUUCAAAGGCGUCUGAGUCAGGCAGAAGAGAGAGCUGCUUCAGCUUCCCAGCAGCUCAGUGUGAUUACAGUGCAGAGAAGAAAAGCAGCCUCCCUGAUGAAUCUGGAAAAUAUUUAAAAAUAUUCAUAGUUCAUUCACAGAACUUUAGAGUUGGGAAAGCAGUUGGACUAGAAGUGUAUUGAAAUGGUAAAGCCUGCAGAGUAUAAUAGUUAAGGCUUGUGUUAUUUUGCGUAAGCAUUGUUAUUCUGUUUUGAGGGUUAUUGGAAAACAGAGCAGUGACCACUUCCUGUAAGUAAAGAAAAUAUAAUCCUAUAUUGAGCUUCAGUGGAGAAUAAACCAGCUGAGAAGAACUCAUUGCCUUCAUCAACGUGUCUGUUUUUUAAUUCCUCCUUUUUCCCUUGAAAGGCUAUAAUAAUUUUCAAACUAUGCAAAUUUCUCUUUCAUAAGAAAGAGUUUUUAAGAAAAUUCUAGAAUUUAAUAUUUCAGUUUCCAAGAUUUGAAAAUUUUACAUCUAAUUGUUACUUCUAACUCAUUUUUAAAGUUCCUAAGUAUCCAUUUUAUUAUGAACUCAUAAAUGUAAUAAAUUGUGCACUUUCUAAAA